UACAUUUUUAACAAAGUAAAUUGCAAGAACUGUGAACCUCUGCCCAAGAUAUUCGGUUAAAAAUCCAAUUUGGCGAAUCUUCAAGUGAGCCAGCUAGCCUGAGCUCACAGAUUUAAUUCUCAUCAGUUGAUCGUCUCAAUUCCACCGCGACGGUGCUCGAAAGCGCGCAAAAUCCCGGGGAGAUCUUUUAUACUCGGUGCGUCCCAAUUAAGAUCACUCUGUGUGAAUUCUAAUUCAACUUAAUAGCAGGCAAAAAAACGUAAUUUAGGUAAAUUUCUAAACGUGAAUUGAAAAGUGCAGGAGAUUAUUUUGUGCAGGAAGAAAAUUUUAGAAUUUUCGCUCAAUACAAUGGAUCAAGAUUCUGGGCGAAAAAAAAUUCAAUGAUCACUUUUUUCACACAAUUCUACUGAAGAGAAAAGUGAGAAACCAGUGAAAAUAUGUAGCUAUUUUUAAAUAAAUGUAGUGUCCAUAUCAGUUGUAUGUUUUUCUAUGUCGUGUGGAUAUAAAAAAGUGAAUCUCAAUCUUACGCAAUCGCCAUAGUUCUUUAAAUUGCGAAGAAAGAAAAGAAGAAGAAAAAGAGUGGAUGUAUUUGUGAGAAAAAAAGGAGCUAUUGGAUAUUGGAAGAUCAUCAAGGACAGAGGUGAUCAGGAAUACGCACAAGUCAUCGAGCUCUGGUCACAUAUUUCAUCCCAACGUUGUCCCAAUUCCCUUGAGACGUGUACAUUUACACUCCUCUCCUAGUGAAAUGGUUUGAUGACUAGUUAGAGAGACGAGGCAGUCAAAAGAUCUCUUUCCAGGACACAAUGCAUCAUCUCUACCCCAUUUCCAAGGGUGACCAACUCUGUCCACUAGGAUUUCAUCCUCAAGUCCGAUGGCCAACACGGUGUAAAAGAUGUUUCCGGGACUACAAGGAGCAUGGGGGCAAGAGGAAUCCCGAGGAUAUUAUUGCAUCCUCACCAAAUCUCUCGGAUUCCAGCUCAAAGCCACCAGCUCGAAUCUGGACAUCGAGUCAGAAUCUAUCUACGAUCCCAAGUCCAGAAUCUGUUUCAAAUCACCCAACAAUUCGAAGAAGACCUGCUUCGUGGACUUCCACUCCAGAUUUGGCAGAUGAUGAGGUGCUAGGGAAUGAAGCGAAAGUCGAUGUCGUGGUGCAUCUGCCCAGGAGACGCCAUACCACAGAAAUUGUCGAGGAUACAACUGAUGAGACAGUAACCAUUAAACGACCUCCACUUCCGCCCUCAGCCACAAAAACUGCCUCAGAUAUUCCAGAUGAUCUCGUCAUACAGAAGAGUGAUUCCCUUGCUGAGCGCUAUCGCAAGAUGCAGGCUCUCAAGCAGCGUCAGAACAGCAGGGAAUCCAGUCGCGAGAGAUCAUUGCCCAGGAAGAUGGAGGAGAAGGAAAAAUCACCUUCACCGGCUCUUCCUGCUAAAAAAGACAUCGAACAACCCAAAAAACCUCCGGAAAAGCCCAAGGAACCAGUUCCUGAAAGGCGUGUCCGACAGAGAAGUAUAGAACCUGUGGAGGAAGCUCCACCUGAGAGACGCGUAAGAGUUAGAAAUACAGAAAACACAGCCAAUGCUGAAGCAUCGGCUAAGAAGCCCCCAGUGGCAAAAACUCCCGUCAAAACUCCUCCUAAGCCCGAAAAGAUUGAACCUGCAAAGCCAGAUCCUAAAAUAACCCAACAAGACAUCCAAUUCCUCAUCCAUGUCAAGAACAAUACUACUCCACCGAAGCAGGAGGAUACCUUCUCAACAUCCACAGAUACAACAGACACAACUCUCGUGGGAGUGUCUGAGAAGGGAGAUCGGAAUCUCCUGGAGCAAAUUGAUAAUUUAAAGAAGGAGCUGGAAACCACAAAGACUCGCUGUGAACGUGCUGAGAGGGAUAAGAGUGACAUCCUGCUACGAAGACUUGCCUCAAUUGACACAGUUCCCAAUCGAACAGCCGCAUCUGAAGCCCUGAAGCUUCAGCAGAAAGUCAAUGAGCUGAAGCAACAGGUGGAGGAUCUGCGAGAUGACAAACGCAGCCUUUCGCUGAAAGUCAAGGAGCUGGAAGCAGAUCUCGAUGCUCGACCGUCGAAGAGCAUCGAGCACGAACUUAAGAUCAAGCUGAAACAGGCAGAAGCACUCUGUGAAUCCCUAAUGGAUGAGAAUGAAGACAUCAAGAAGGAAUUGAAGAAUAUGGAGCAGGAAAUUGAUGAGAUGCAGGAUAAUUUCCGCGAGGAGCAGGCCGAUGAGUAUUCAACGGUGAAGAAGGAACUGGAACAAACCACCAAAAACUGCCGCAUUUUGUCGUUCAAGCUGAAGAAGUCUGAGAGGAAGAUUGAGCAGCUCGAACAGGAAAAACAGGCUCUUCAGCUGACUGGAGAUCUUCCAAUGAAGAUACGGCAGUUGGAAGAGGAGCUCAAACUAGCCAAAGAUGUAGCCAAACGGCUUCAGAGUGAAGCAGAUACGAAGAAAAAGACUCCCAGUUUGGGAAAAAUAGGAAAAUCCACAUCAGCCGAUGGGAAAAUCACCAGGGAAUCACUCACAAGAGGUGGCUCCCAGGAAGAUCCCAAUCAAUUGCAGAGGGAUCUUCAGGAUUCCAUGGAGAGAGAAGCUGAUCUCAGGGAGCAGCUGAAAUUUGCAGAAGAGGAGGCUGAGAGCUUCAGGAAAAAAGCUUCCCGGAUUGAGGAUGAAAAUGAAUCUCUAAUGAUGCAACUGAAGAAGAUGGCAUCCAAAGCUCGAGGAACAAAACUCGGAGCAUCCUCGAGAAUUCGUUCAGUUGAAAAGGACGAAGGCAUUUCCGACGAAGAAGAUCCUGCAGAACUUCGUGUUCUGUUGGAACUCAAUGAGCAGGAGGCUUCUGUGUUGAGGAGAAAGGUGGAAGAACUAGAAACGGGCAAUGACAAGAAAGACAAGCAGAUCAAGGAACUGGAAGAUCGUCUUCAGACUGCUACAAAAGCCCAGAAAAAUGAGGUGACGGAAAAACCAAAGCUCCCAACAAUUUUGUCCAAGACUCCAGCUGGAAUAAAUGCAGCCAAUGAGAAGAAGAUCAAGAGUCUGGAGGAGGAAUUGACCACAACGAAGAAGAAACUCCAGGAGAAAACCAAAGAAGUCCAACAACUCCAAGACACAAAAUCCAGCAGGGAAUCCCUCUCUGGUGACCAGAGUGUCAAUCUCAAGAGACAGCUGCAAACUGUGGAGUCAGAAGCUGCUGUCCUGAGGACAAAACUGCAGACUGUUGAGCAAGAGAAUGACAAGAUCUUGGCUGAGAACAAGAAGCUCCAACUUCAGGUGGCCAGAGGAGCUCGAAAGGACUCUGCACCAUCACUGAAUGCAGUAAAUUCCACAGGGAAUGGAGAGGAACUCAAGAAACUGGAACAGGAACGCGAUGAGCUCAGCAAGAAGUUGAAAGAAGUACUGGAAACAACUGCUGACAAUCUUCCAACCAGAGUUGCCAAGAAAUACUCAGAAACCCUAACAAAAUUCCAGUUAAAGACAAUGAUUGAAGAUCUGGAAAAGGAAGUCAUCCAGUAUCGGGUGAUUGCUGCAAAAUGCGGAGCUGAAACACUGGACAAAUUGGAGACGGAAAAUACCAAACUAUCCGGUCAAUUGAAGGAGUCACAGGAUAAACUGAAGACAGCGAAUUCAGAGAUCAAAACUUUGAAGACAAAGGCAACAACUUCCGCCAAGAAUGGGGAUCUAGAAGCUAAAGUUAAGACCGCAGAGAAGGAGACUAAGAAUCUACUGGAUAAAGUGGCAGAUCUGGAAGACAAGUACUCCAAGCAGGAGGGUCAAAUGAAGCAACUACAGGCUUCAAAUAAACUCCUGGAGAAUCAGAUAUCACUGGGGAAGGAUGAGGCCAAGAAAUUGCAGGAAGAACUGGAGAAGGAGAAGCGUGAGAAAAAUCGUUGGGAAACCAAAGUGGCAGAUUUGGAUUCAGAUCUCCAGGCAGCCCGGAAGAAUACCGAGAAAGUCAAGGCGAAUCUGGAAAAGGAGAUUUCUAGUCUCAAAACAAAAUCCUCCAGUUCGGAAGCUCCAUCGAAACUCGUAACUCAGCUGAAGGAGAAGAUUUCAGAGUUAGAGGCGACAGUGACGAAGGAUGGAGAGAAAUACAAGGAUCUGACGGGGAAGUAUGAACUUCUGGAGGAAGAGCAUGUUCUGAUCAAAGCCCAGUUGACAAGUGAGAAGGAGAAGGCCCAGAACGAAGUGGCUAGUUUGAAGAAGAAACUCUCCGAGGCAAAAGACAGAGAUUCCAGAAAUAAAUCAGAGACUGAGACACUGACAAAGAGAUUGUCAGAGGCCAAGGAGAAGAUUGCCGAUCUCGAGAGCAGAAAUGUCAAGAUGAGUGCCAUUGAACUGGAGAGGAAUCGCCUCAAGUCCAGCCUCGAGGAGACAGAGAGGCUCUUUGAGAAGCUGAAGAAGGAGAAUGAGAUGAAUGCUGACCAGGUGAUGCAACUGAAGAGGGAAAAUGACGAAGCCAGGAAGAAACUGGAUGACUUUGAGCGUGUGCACAAAGUCGAGAGAUCCCUAACAGACCAGAAUGUCCUGCUAGAGCAGGAAAUCAAGAAACUCCGCCUGAAAGUCGACACAACAGAAACUGCCAUGAAGUCAGAAGUGGCAUCCACGAGGCUCCGCUACGAGCAGCAGGUGACAAAUCUCCAAUCUGAACUCUCUUCAAUGCACAACCAAUGCGAACGCUUCAAAAGGGAUCGAGAUACUUUCAAACAGCUCCUGGAGGGUGCUCAAAAGACCAUUCACGAUCUUAAGCACUCUAGUGGACGUCAGAGCAGGGCUAGUGUCCACAGUAGCGGAGACGAGGAUGACAAAUCCAAAAUCGUGGCUCUGGAGCAACAAGUUGGUUGCCUGGAGGAUGAACUCAGCGAAUCUCGGUUGGAGUGUAGUAAACUCAAGACCGAACUCAUCUCUGAGAAAACCAAUUCCGAGAUUAAGAUCUCAGAGAUGCAAUCCCAGCUCAAUGAGUACGAAGAGGAAAAAGUCCUGGCAAGUGGACGGACAAAGAUUCCAGGCACAAAAACUCGACUGGAAUUGUCAUGGCAGAAGGAACGUGAGGAACUUCAGAGACUCCUGUCCGAGACCUCAACUCUGGCCAGAGAUCUCCGUCAGACGCUGUUCGAAGUGGAACGAGAACGAGACAAGGAGCGCCUGGAGAUGCGCCGGAAGCUGGAUCAGCUGAAGCGAAACACAGAGGAUGAGAUGGAGGAUGGAAGGAAGAAAAUCUCCGAAUUGCAGUGUGAUCUGCUGGAACUGAGGGAUGCUCAUGCAAAACUCCGAACAGCCAAUGAGAAACUCCGGCGGGAAAGGGAUCGGUAUGAGAGAGAACGCGAGAAUACCUCAAAGAGGAGAAUGGAGCAAGAUGGUGAGAAGAAAGUUGGAGCCCUGCUUCAGACAGUGGAUGAAUUGGUUAAGAUUGCUCCAGAUCUCCAGAUUGUCAGCUCAAAUUCCCAUCCACCAGCAAAUUCCACCCAUUUGGCGCCAACGCCACUUCCCAGACGCAGCAAAAGCCGAAGUCCAUCCCCUGGGCCCUCACCAAUCCAGAUCUCCUCAGUUCUGGCGCGUUUGGCCGAAGCUUCGGAAGAACUGAGAAGAUACCAGAGACUCUGUGAGGAUGACCGGGAGAGAGAUCGUAUUCGACGCGGAGGAAUGAGAAGAGCAGCAUCUACAGAACAUGAUGAAUCCUCAAGUAGACACUCAAGACUCUCGAGAUCUUCAGCCCAAAAUGGCAGUCUCUACCGCAAGAGUCUGUCCCUCGAUCAAUCAAUGCAACACGAGCAACAAAUGAUCUGGAAGCAGGAUGACGAUAGCAUGUCAUCUCUGCAGUCCAUUGAUUCAGAAUUGGGCGGAAUGGUGAGGGAUUCCAGCUUGGACUCUCGCCUUUCAGCCGGAUCCACUCAGAGUGACUUACCCAGAGGACCCAGGAAGAAGAAGCGAGGCAUCAUGGGGAAACUAAGGAGCUUGACCAAGACAAAGAGUGUCGAGAGUGAUGCUUCGCAACAAGGAUCUGAUUCUGAUUUGAGCUUACCUGGUGAUCGGGAUCGCAGCAAGAAGGACCUCAAGGGGCGCCUUUCGGGAAUGUUCAGGAGAUCCCGCGGAAGCAGCUUGGAAAAGUCCCUCGAUGAUCCCAAUCAUCCCGUUGCCGUUACAACAAUUGACCCUCAAACCGAUAAUCCAGAAACUGUUAAAAAGGUGACAGUUAAACCACCAACCCCUCUAACGACACCCAGCUCCCAGAGGAAAAACAAAUGAGCCUUCUGAUAAAUCAAUUUAAUAAAGUUAUAAACGUU